AUGCAAUCCUUCUUCCAACUUCAUACAGAGCCAACAGCGACACAGGCGAUGUUGCAUACAAUGCCCGCAGAUAUGACUCCAAGAAAGCGUAGCAAGAGCCCGAGCAAUAGCUCGUUGAGCCAAGCGCGUCCAGAAGAGGAUUGGACUAAGAUUACAGAUUUGGCUGAGCGCCGAAGAAUACAGAAUAGAAUUGCCCAGCGCAACUACCGCAAGAAGUUAAAGAGAAGACUUCUCGAGCUUGAGAACAGGGCUUCUUCCCCAGAAACCGAUUCCCCACCACAGUCCCGAGCGUCUCCUGGCGAGACCGCCUAUACCUUCCCUCGUCAGAGCGCUCCACAGGACCACCAGACUAAGAGGAGAUCACUAUCACAUCUUCCGCAGCCUAAGACUCCAUUCCAUAGCCCACCACUCUACCAGCAAGCCAGGAAACAAGAACGCCGUCACACUAUGCUUUCUCCUCCCACUCCUGGGUUUUACAACAUUUCUGAUGCCAUGCCCCAGGGAUACCCAAUGAAGGCAUACCCAUCGUGUCCACCCACAAUCCUCCCUCUUCCAUAUGGUGCCGAAGAUAUGAUGGAGACCAGUCAGUUAGCAUAUGACCCAUAUCUGCAACAGGCUAUGGCUGGCAACUACGAUCUCUCUGGAACAUUUUCUGACGGUCUCAGAAUUAGCCCGGAUAUUGUCGACCUUGCUACUGAGCAGGAUCAUCUAUGGACUGGUGAGCCAUCUUGGCAAAACCCAGCUAGUGCUUGGGACUUCCCAGAAGAACACGCCUCCUUACAAUACGUUCAAGACUGGAAUAUGAGAAUGGCAGCUAGCCCAGCAUCGGAUAUGACACGCAGCGCCAGCAGCAAUUAUACCACUGCAAAGCACGAAGGAGAUGUCAGUGGUGGUGAGGAAGACCGCGAAUUUGAAGACGGCCUUUAUGGUAUCAAAAACGAACUUCUCGGCGAGGAUGUUCUCCAAUGGGCUGAUUUCUGGAGGGAACAGCAGCUCCACGACGAGCUCCCACAGAACCAGGGACUUACCCCGUGA